AUGCCGAUACAGGUGGAAGGGUCUGGUCCCCGAAGUGGUGGUGGAGGAGAUGAUGAUGAUGAUGAUGAUGAUGAUGAUGACGAUGAUUACGAUUCUCCAUUAACAUUACAUACCCUCGAAGAUGGAUUAACGCCGAUACAGGUGGAAGGGGCUGGUCUCCGAAGUGGUGGUGGAGGAGAUGAUGAUGAUGAUGAUGAUGAUGAUGAUGAUGAUGAUGACGAUGAUUACGAUUUCUCCAUUAACAUUGCAUAUCCUCGAAGAAGGAUUGAUGCCGAUACAGGUGGAAGGGUGGAAGGGUUUGGUACCCGCAGUGGUGGUGGAGGUGAUGAUGAUGAUGAUGAUGUUGAUGAUGACAAUGAUUACGAUUCUCCAUUAACAGUACAUACCCUCGGAGAUGGAUUGAUGCUGAUACAGGUGGAAGGGUCUGGUCCCCGAAGUGGUGGUGAAGGUGAUGAUGAUGAUGAUUACGAUGAUGACAAUUCUCUAUUAACAUCUCAUACCCUCGAACAUGAAUUGAUGCCAAUACAGGUGGAAGGGUCUGGUCCCCGAAAUGAUGGUGGAGAUGGAUUGAUGCCAAUACAGGAGGAAGGGUCUGGUCCUCGAAGUGGUUCGGGAGGUGAUGAUGAUGAUGAUGAUGACAUUAAUUACGAUUCUCCAUUAACAUUACAUACCCUCGAAGAUGGAUUAACGCCGAUACAGGUGGAAGGAUCUGGUUCCCAUAGUGGUGGUGGAGGAGUUGAUGAUAAUAUUGAUGACAAUGAUUACGACUCUCCAUUAACAUUACAUAUCCUCGGAUUGAUGCCGAUACAGGUGGACGGGCCUGGUCCCCGAAGUGGUGGCAGGUCUUGUCCUCGAAGUGAUGGUGGUUAUGACGAUGAUGAUGAUGAUGAUGAUGAUGAUGACGAUGAUUACGAUUCUCCAUUAACAUUACGUACCCUCAAAGACGGAUUGAUGCCGAUACAGGUGGAAGGGUCUGGUCCCCGAAGUGGUGCUGGAGGUGAUGAUGAUGAUGAUGAUGAUGAUGAUGAUGAUGACGAUGAUUACGAUUCUCCAUUAUCAUUACAUUCCCUCGAGGCUGGAUUGAUGCCGAUACAGGUGAAAGGGUCUGGUACCCAAAGUGAUGGUGGAGGUGAUGAUGAUGAUGAUGAUAAAGAUGAUGAUGAUGAUGAUUACAUUUCUCCAUUUACAUUAGAUACCCUCGAAGAUGGCUUGAUGCCGAUACAGGUGGAAGGUGGUGGUGAAGGUGAUGACGAUGAUGAUGUUGAUGAUGAUGAUGAUGAUGAUUACGGUUCUCCAUUAACACUACUUAAGCUCGAGAAUGGAUUGAUGCCGAUACAGGUGGAAGGGUCUGGUCCCCGAAGUGGUGGUGGAGGAGAUGAUGAUGAUGAUGAUGAUGAUGAUGAUGAUGAUGACGAUGAUUACGAUUCUCCAUUAACAUUGCAUAUCCUUGAAGAAGGAUUGAUGCCGAUACAGGUGGAAGGGUCUGGUCCCCGAUGUGGUGGUGGAGGUGAUGUUGAUGAUGAUUACGAUGAUGACGGUUCUCUACUAACAUUACAUAGCACCGAACAUGGAUUGAUGCUGAUACAGGUGGAAGGGUCUGGACCCCAAAGUGGUGGUUGA